GCAUCACAAUUAAACAGUCGACUAAUCUUCAUAGAAAACAAAAGAAAAGAUCACUAGAGUCACUAUGGAAGGUAAGAUCCAAGCUCUUCUCUCGACGAUUCUAGUUGUGACUUUGUGUGCCACUACUUUAGUGAAGCCCGGGCUAGCUCAACUCCCUACCAGUGCUGGGUUUUCUCUACCCGGCUCCCAAGUUGAUCUCGCAAAAUGUUGGUCAUCGCUCCUCAACAUUCACGGUUGCAAUAUCGAAAUCUUUAAAUCUGUUUUAACCGGUAAGUUUGAAAACGUUGGAUCCACGUGCUGCAAGGCUUUUACAGAAGUGGAUGCAAAGUGUUGGCCAAAAAUGUUUCCGUUGAAUCCAUUAUUCCCUCCUCUUCUCAAGGAUGGUUGCUCUCGCAUCAUCUCAGGUGCACCAGCACACAAGACACCGCAAUUCCCUGUCAUCCCUGGUUCUCCGAUCGAUCUCACAAAAUGUUUGUCAUCACUUGUCAACGUUCAAGGUUGUGUAACUGAAAUCUACAAAUCAGUUUUCACAGGAAAGUGUGAUAACGUAGGAUUUAUGUGCUGCAAGGCGUUUAUGGCUGUGGAUGCAAAAUGUUGGCCAAAAAUGUUUCCACUAAAUCCGUUCUUCCCUCCUCUCCUCAAAAAUGUAUGUUCUCGCAUCAACACAUCUGCUCCUACACACAAGUGAAGUAGCUAUGGGACCAUCAUUCACAAUGUUUUAAUUUAGGCUCAUUAAAUUCAUGAAUUAUCCCUAUUCCAAAUGUUGGCGGAUGUUGUUUUGUUCUACCUAUAUUAUUUUCUACAAUGCUAUAAAGAAAUUCAAAUUUCGACACACUUUUUAUUGU